AUGGAAUCCCCAAUUUUCAACUUCCGAAGCUCCGGCUUCUCCUCGCCGGAAUCCUCCGACUUCUGCUCCCCGGACCAAUUCUCCGGCCAAUCCUUCCACCAAACCCAGCCGCUACCCUUUGACGAAAACGACUCGGAAGAAAUGCUCCUCUUCGGUCUCAUCUACACCGCCGUCGACAGCAGCAGGGCAACGGUAGCGACGAUCAAAGAAGAAGAAGUCAGCUCAGCCGGCUCCUCCGCCGGCGAAGAAGGAGAAGUCGUUCCGCGGGUGAGGCGGCGGCCGUGGGGGAAAUUCGCGGCGGAGAUCAGGGAUUCGACCCGGCACGGGGUGCGGGUUUGGCUGGGUACAUUCGACAGCGCGGAGGCCGCGGCGCUGGCAUACGACCAGGCGGCGUUCUCGAUGAGAGGGUCCGGUGCCAUACUGAACUUCCCGGCGGAGAAGGUGGCGGAGUCGCUCGAGGGCAUGGAUUGCAACCUCCAGGCGACGGGGGAGGAAGCCUGCUCCCCUGUGAUCGCUCUGAAGAGGAAGCACUCCAUGCGGCGGAAAAUGAUCGGGAAAGUGAGGAAAGAGAGGGAUCAUCGCCGUCAUUGA